GUGCCGCGAACUGGCCGGUCCUCUAUCGUCCCGUCAUGCCCGUGAACAUGGCCACAACGAGGGAAGAUGUGGGCGACGAGAGGGAUAGUCAAGCGGUGGAGCUGGGAGCCACCUUGAGCCUGGAAAUCCUGCAGAUCAUUAAGGACUCUCAGCAACAACAUGGCCUGCGACAUGAAGACUACCAAAGAUACAGGGGUUACUGUUCACGCAGACUCCGCCGCCUCAGGAAGGCACUUGGCUUUAAAAUGGGAAACAAACAUAAGUUCACAGGCAAGAAGGUCACGACGGAAAUCCUGUCAGAUAACAGGUAUUUGCUGCUAGUUCUAAUGGACGCUGAGCGUGCCUGGAGUUAUGCCAUGCAGUUAAAACAGGAGGCGAAUACUGAACCACGUAAGCGCUUCCAUCUGUUCUCUCGGCUCCGGAAAGCUGUCAAACACGCCGAGGAGUUGGAACGUCUGUGUGAGAGUGACCGUGUUGAUGCAAAAACAAAAUUGGAAGCACAGGCAUACACUGCCUAUCUUAAGGGCAUGCUGAGUUUCGAGCUACAGGAUUGGAAAGGUGCUAUGCAGGCUCUGCAUAAAUGCAAGACAAUCUAUGAAAAGUUAGCUAGCGCAUUUACAGAUGAACAGGCAGUACUAUACCAUCAGCGUGUGGAAGAGAUCUCACCCAACAUACGUUACUGCGAUUAUAAUAUAGGUGACCAGUCUGCAAUGAAAGAACUGAUUCAGAUGCGAAUGAAAUCGGGAGAGACUGGAGGGUUGCUGGAUUCUCUGCUAACACAGACAAGAGCAAAGCAUGCUGCCACUAUGAGUGAAGUGAAGUGGAGGGGCCGGGUCAUCCCAGUGAAAAUCGAUAAAGUGCGGAUCUUCCUCCUUGGACUGGCAGACAACGAGGCUGCGAUUGCACAGACUACAACUGCUGAGGCCAAGGAGCGACUGUAUGAGAGUCUGUUGAGUGAGUGCCGUGAUGCCAUCCAGGCAGUUCGUGAGGAGCUGAGAGUUGAUCCGGCACAGAAGCAGCGAGAACGUUCUCUGGAGCCUGAUUCAGGAAAGGUGUCCAGUCUACAAUAUCUUCACAGUUAUCUUACAUACAUUAAGCUUUCCACUGCGAUAAAACGCAAUGUUGCCAUGGCUGAGGCUUUGCAGAAGCAGAUGAGCGAGUCGGUAAAAGAUGAGGGAAAGCGAGUGCUGCGGCCGCAAGACCUGAUCCGACUGUAUGACAUUAUCUUGCAGAAUCUGUCAGAGCUGCCCCAGCUGUCAGGAUUGGAGGAUGAUAAAACUUUCCAGGCAGAGGUGGAGCUGAAGACUUUGGUUUACAAGGCUUACAGGUGCUUCUUCAUUGCCCAGUCCUAUGUACUUGUAAAGAAGUGGAGUGAGGCCCUGGUCCUGUAUGAGCGGGUCCUUAAAUACACCUCUGAGGCACAAACUCAGACCUUAAAAUUUACAAACGAUUUACAGGAUCUGCCUGAUGUGAAGGACCUGGUUGCACGUGUCAAUGCUGAGAAGUACUCAGUACAGGCAGCUGCUAUUUUAGACAAUGAGGAUGUCUCCGAGAUGGUGUCACAGCUUCAAGUCAAAGACAACAAGCCCCUCAGUGAAUGUUUGGACGUGUUUCGCAUCGAUCCCUCUCUGGUCACUAAACAUGCCAAUCUGGUGCGUUUUCCACCGGAAUUCCAGCCAAUCCCCUGUAAGCCUCUGUUUUUUGACCUGGCUCUCAACCAUGCGACAUUUCCUGCCUUGGAGGACAAAGUGGAGCAGAAAGGACGAGGAGGCCUCACUGGCUACAUCAAAGGUUUCUUUGGCUUCCGCGGCUGAAGUUUGGAAAGGAUUAAAACAAUUUUGUACCAUUUACCAGCCCAUGUCCUGCUCUGAAUACUCAGUAUUUCUGAAUGGAGUGUAAUACUUCAGAUGUAAUCAGAAACUGUGGAGAUACCUCGUGACGCACAGCAAACUGAACUGAACAAUAAUGCAGCCUCACAAGAUCCUUCCUUAUAUCCUCCUGGGUUUUGCAAACCAUUCAAGCCCAUCAAUGCUGAGUGACCGGUCCUACCCAUUGACCUACUUAUGAAAGUACCUAUUAUGGCCUCAAUCUCUUUUUCUUGUUGUGGCAAUUGAAGAAAGCAAAUCAGUAAUGUAUAGUGUCCUGAAACAAUAAAAUUAAGACUCGUCUUUACAUUUUGUUUUUCCUUGCAGGCAAUCCCAAGUUAAAUGCUCUACCAUUUCAAUGGUACCCCCCUCAAUAAUGAGAGUCCUAGGAAACAGCAGGGCCUCUAAUAUAUUGCUUCUCUUUCUCCUCAUCCUGGCUGUUGAUCAGGACCAACAAAAAAUUUAGAAUAUGUUAUAAAUUGGUGUAACCUCCCCUUUUGUAUUACAUGUGGCAAUGAAGGUGAUUAAGUUGCAAAAUACCCAGAUGAAGUUCACUUGGGGUAACUGUUUAAUAUAUUGCAUGUUCUCUCCCCAGAAGGAGGAGUGCCUUGCAGUAAUGUAACAGACUGCCAAUAGUAUGUGUGCAUAGCACAACAUUUACUUCCUACCAUAUGCUUCGUUAUGUUGCAGUUUUAUAACCAUUAGGUUUUGAGAAACUCUUAUUGUUGAGGGUCUGGAUCUUUCAUGUGGGCCGUGGUGGUUGAGCUUUGUUUCACACAGUUAUUUAUCUAGCCUGCCAUUGCGUCCCUGGUUUUGAGUCUGGUAAACUGAUGUCAGAUUUGGCAACCUGUUAUGUUUGAAGACCUCGGUUGGAUAGACACCAACCUGCCUCCAACCCAAAUUCUCUUCCAGUCUGUGCAAAAGCCAGCCCUCUGACAUGUUCUCAAACAGGGCAUGCAAUACAAAGCGGUUGCUGGGAUUCCCAAAGCAAUAUGUUGUAUCUGCUACAGCCAGCUAACGUGACACACAGCCACACGGAACCUGCCAAUCCCACAAGUGCCUGUCUCCUUUCUCCUUAUUGCUGCUGCAUAUAGACAGACAUUUGCGAAAGUGAAGAAUUAAGGAUUCCUGCGAUACCAGCUUCCCAGUGCUUUAAACAGUUCACGAUUGCUGCUGCCUGUCUGUAGACAGCACAUGAAUGAGCCUGAUGCUGCAAUCAGUUCAGUCUGCUGUGUGCGUCUGCUGUCAGCAACUUCUCAUCAAAUUAGUUAAUACCACUGACUCCAAAGCUGAAGAUCUUGGCAAAUAACUCAAACAAAUGAGUUUGUUGAGUCUGUGUUAAAAUGAGUGCAACCUGGAAUCAUUCCACAGGAAAAGAUUUAAAAAUAAGUUUUAACCUGUUGAGAAGAAUCCCAUAUUGUGUCUGAAUGAACUGGAAUUAAAAUCUUCCAAGAUUUGAAAUUGAUGAACAUUGAGCCGUUUCCGUUAUACUGUGCCUCGUCUUGAACACACACUUCUUAUAAAUGAAUUAAAGUAGAAAAUAGGAACUUUAUUUUUUGCUUCAAAGAUCCUGAAAUAAAGACAAAACACCA